CCGACACUUCAAACUGUGGGUGUUUGAACUUUUGAGGUGGGAAGAAAAAAAAAAUUCUCUAGUAAGAAAACUCCUUUUUACAAGAAAUAAAUGUUACAAUCGCAACAGUUGUACCUACCAAACCAAUGGAAAAUUUAAGUCCCUUGCCAUUUGUACUUUUGAUUUUUCUUCUUCUCAAUGUGACCGCUUCAGUGGCAGCACCCACAGCAGAAUCUGUGUAUACCUCUUUCCUCAGGUGUCUCACAAACAACACUAAAUCCCAAGACCAUGUUUCCGACAUAGUUUUUGCUCAAACCAACUCGACCUUUUCUUCUGUUCUCCAAGCCUACAUUCGAAACGCCCGAUUCAACACCACUUCAACCCCCAAACCCUUGCUUAUAGUCACUCCCUUUGAAGAAUCCGAUGUCCAAGGUGCUGUGAUUUGCGCCAAAAGCAUUGGGAUUCAACUCAAGAUCAGGAGUGGUGGCCAUGACUUCGAAGGCAUCUCGUAUGUCUCCGAUCAACCUUUCAUCAUCAUCGACAUGUUCCAGUUCAGGAACAUCACUGUCGAUGUGCAAAACGAGGUUGCUGUGGUUCAAGCUGGUGCCACACUUGGGGAGGUUUAUUAUAGGAUUUGGGAGAAGAGUAAAGUUCACGGCUUUCCUGCUGGGGUGUGUCCCACUGUUGGUGUUGGUGGCCACUUGAGUGGAGGCGGGUAUGGUAACAUGUUGAGAAAACAUGGGUUGUCAGUUGAUAAUAUUGUUGAUGCUAAAAUUGUUGAUGUCAAGGGUAGGAUUCUUGACAAGAAGGGUAUGGGGGAAGAUCUUUUCUGGGCUAUCAGAGGAGGGGGAGGGGCAAGUUUUGGAGUCAUAUUAUCAUUCACUGUUAAACUUGUUCAAGUGCCUAAAGUUGUUACUGUUUAUAGGGUGGUAAAGAGUUUGGAUAAGAAUGAGAAUACCACUGAGUUUGUCUUGCAAUGGCAGCAGGUGGCGCCGCACACUGAUGAUAGGCUUUUCAUGAGGCUGCUGUUGCAGCCUGUGAGUUCUAAGGUUGUGAAGGGCCAGAAAACCAUCAGAGCCACUGUCAUUGCUUUGUUUCUUGGAGGUGCUGAUGAAGUUGUUACACUGAUGGGGAAGGAAUUUCCUACUCUUGGCUUGAACAAGGAGAAUUGCACUGAGAUGAGUUGGAUUGAUUCUGUGCUUUGGUGGGCAAAUUUUGACAAUACCACAAAGCCUGAUGCACUGCUUGACAGGAAUGUAAAUUCAGCAAGUUUCCUCAAGAGGAAAUCUGAUUAUGUGCAGAAACCAAUUUCCAAAGAGGGUUUGGAAGGGAUAUGGAAGAAGAUGGUUGAAGUGGGGAAAACUGGGUUUGUUUUCAAUCCUUAUGGAGGGAAAAUGAGUGAGGUUUCGUCUGAUGCAACGCCCUUUCCUCACCGUGCAGGGAACUUGUUCAAGAUUCAGUACUCAGUGAAUUGGGAAGAACCGGGGAUUGAAUUGGAAAAUAAUUUUACUAGACAAGCUAGAAUGUUGUAUAGUUACAUGACCCCUUUUGUGUCCAGAAAUCCAAGAAGUGCCUUCUUAAAUUACAGGGACCUUGAUAUUGGUACCAAUAGUUUUGGAAAUAAUAGCUAUGAAGAAGGAGCUGUUUAUGGAGUCAAGUACUUCAAUGACAAUUUUGACAGGUUGGUGAAGAUCAAGACUGCAGUUGAUCCAGAAAACUUCUUCAGAAAUGAACAGAGUAUUCCAACUCAUACAGGAUUGAACACUACUGGUGCAAGUAAAUCUGGUGCUUCCGAAUUGUCACACUUCAGUCUUUAUUGGAAACUGAUGGUAAAGGUGGGAGGUUUGCUCCUCCUUGAAUUAUUUAUAUGAUUGCUGUAAUCGAAUAUGGAGUUAUAGUAAUUAGGUUGUUUUAUUUUUAUCUUUCCUGCAAAGAAAAAAUGUAUAUCUAGCUCUUUUGUGUACUGGGAAUUUUCGAAUUGGUGUUUAGGUUUGUUGAAUAGUCCAGCAGAAAGGAUAAGUUAAAGUCAAGUAAAUGUUUCCUUUUUGGAAAGAAAGGAACCAUUGAAGUAUGGCAGAAAGUGAUUGCUGGUUAAUGAUCUCAUUCAAAAUUGACUAAUAAAAAUCAUAAGAUAAGAUUUUAAGAUA